AUGGCCAGCAUCGAGUCCUUCAAUCACAUUGAUCCAGCCUUGCGAACUUCCUCCUUGAGCAGUCCACCAAAACCACGCGAUCCCCAACCGUAUCAGAAUGGCGCGCCUGCUGCCUAUUCUCCCCUCCAACCGUCGCCUAAUACGUCUUAUCAGAGCAUACAAACGCCAACCUAUUAUUCAAGCAACCAGCAAACCCAGGAAAGCCCCGACGACCAAAGUCCCUCUGGAAACCCGGCCGAUCCCAACGACCUGAAGAGACCACGCGCCUGUGAAGCUUGUCGACAGUUGAAGGUCAAGUGUGAGCUCGACGACAACAGUCCGACAGGCUCCUGUAAGAGAUGCGCCAAGGCCAACCGACAAUGUAUUGUGACAGCUCCGAGCAGGAAAAGGCAGAAGAAAACCGAUAGUCGUGUGGCGGAACUGGAGAAGAAAAUCGACGCGUUGACUGCCUCCCUGGCCGCACGAGGGGGUGCCGAUGCAGACAUUGCGGUCGAUCCAGCCAUGGCGCACCCGGCUCAGGCCAUGCGUCCUGGGGCAUAUCCAGGUCAAUGGCAUGGUCCACCACACCAGAUUGGCACGCAGUCACCACAGACAGUCCAGCAAGGGGUCAAGAGGAAAAUCGCCAACGAUUACGACUACUUUGGCGGUGAGCUACACAAACCCUCUGAGCCAGUGUUCAAGCCGUCGGCCCCUGUAACGCACUAUCAGCCUGUACAAUCCGAGCCCGUGAUGCCGAAAGGGAACUUCAGCGACCCGUCUUCUACUGCUGACCCUGUGGAGCGCGGUCUCGUGGAUAUCACUACGGCGAGGAAAUGCUUUGAACGGUACAUGGCAGAGAUGUGCGAACAUCUACCGCUAGUUGUCUUUCCACCUGGCACCAGCGCUGAUCAAGUUCGAACGAACAAGCCUGUCCUAUUCCUAGCCGUGCUCGCCGUGGCAUCUGGCACGAUCCGGCCAGACCUUCAACCCAGACUAAUCAGCGAAAUAACCCGGACCCUUGCGGACCGGAUUAUCAACCGAGGAGAGAAGUCAUUGGAGCUUGUGCAGACACUGCAGGUGACGACCUGUUUCUACCAACCUCCUGAGAAGCACGAGGAGUUGAUCUUCAACCAACUUAUCCAUAUCGCUGCCGUCAUGGCCUUGGACCUUGGAAUGGGUAAACGAACAAAGCCGGGUGGUGGCGGUCCAUGGCGCCCAUACCCGGAAAGCAAAAGACCGUUGACAGAUCCCAACAGCGCCGAGACACGGCGGUGCUGGUUGGGGUGCUACUUUAUGUGUUCAAAUUCUUCCAUGUCUCUACGCCGGCCAUUACUGAUUCGCUGGAGUCCAUACGCUGAAGAGUGCAUAGAGAUUCUCAAUUCUUCCCCGGAUGCGUUCCCUUCGGAUAAGUGGCUCUGCCAUCUUGUCCUGGCACAGCGUAUUGCCGAGGAAGUUGGAUUGGAAUUUUCCAUGGAUGAUCCUGCCUCUCUACUCUCACUAGACGACAACAAGACCCAAUACCACUUGAAGGCGUUUGAGCGUCAGUUGGCGGAAUGGCAUGACUCUGCCACCGCGGAGAUGCUGAAGAAGCCAGUCAUCCAGCAUACCGAGGGCAUCAUCAAUCUAUACAUGCACGAGAUUGCCAUGCACCACAACCAUAAUGUCGACGACUUUCGACCUCCAUUCAAUGCAACCCCGAUCGAAGGCCCUCCCGAUCCCGACAACGUCACGCCGGCUCACAUUGAAGCUUUGACCACUUGUAUCCAGUCUGCACAUGCUGCCUUUGAUGCCUUCUUGAGGAUGGACAUCAAGAUGGUUCGAGCUUUGCCGACACUCUUCUUUGUGAGGAACGCGUACGCAGCUGUUGCAUUGAUCAAAAUGUACACGGCGGUGUCGGCGAAGGGUUCCAAGUUUGCGUCAAUAUUCAAGACGAAAGACCUCAAAGUCGAGUAUUAUCUCGACCGACUAAUGGAAGUCCUCACCAAGGCUGGGGAGGGUCGCGUCAGUAGGGUUGCCAAUAAAUUCAGCCUCAUUUUCACCAUGUUUAAGAGCUGGCAUAUGAAGCGCAUUGAGCCUCCCAACGGUGGCAAUUAUCCUGCCUCGACACAACGCACCUCUGCGGGAAGGAACAACGCUCAGUCGUCAUACCGGGCCAUCCCUCCGCAACAAGACCAAGGUAGCCUUGGAUGGAGCCCGCAGAGCGCUCAAGCUCAAGCCCAAGCUCAAGCUCACCAACAGCAGCAGCAGCAGCCGCCGCCACCGCCGCCGCCCAGAAGCGGUCUUCAAAUGCUCUCAGAUGCGGCAAUGGGGCCUGGGCCUCCACCCCCGGCUAUGAUUCCUCCACCUCAACAAUGGAUGCAGCCUAUAAAUCAAGGUCAGAUGCUACCUGGAAUUGCAGAAAUGUCGAUGCACGACCAAGGUAUGAUGCAAUAUGGGAUGCCUGGACAAGCUCUGGGCCCGAUGGAUUUCACUUCGGAUGAAUUGAUGGCAUUCGGAUUCGGGGAUGAGUUUCUGGCCAUGAACUUUGGGUUUGAACAGGGCAACUGGCCCAUAUGA